AUGAGCAACGACAAGCUGGUGAAGCUGUUUUCCCUAAACCUGAGUACCAGCGGGGUGGGGAAAAAAGAAAGGCCCUCCCCCAUGGGGGGAUCAGCACACUCCUCUAGCAUAUCCCACACGUCCAGCGGCGUAGAAAACCAAUCGAACAGCUUCUUACCAUUCGGUUCAGCCAAAACGUCCACAAACGAUUCGUGUACCUCCAUAAAGAGUGAGCAGCUAAAUCCGUACAAGCGGGUAAGCUCGCUAAGUGAAUACGUGUACAGGUUUAAAAAGCUAAUUUCUGAAGGGGGGGCACCUCGGGGGGGUAGCAACACAUUUAGGCAGUUUAACCCGAACUGGAGGAAAACAAGCUCCUCCGAUUUGUGCAGCCUUUCCAGUGCCCAGUCUGGGGGGCACUCCUCCUCGCUCUUUUGCGGUGCCAAUUUGGCCGCCACGUCGCGGACCUCUCGCGCGGACUCAAAUUCCCAUUUAGAACCCAAAUCGAUACCAAGCGGAACGAGGGCCAACAAGGAGGCACAGACUUUGCCUCACCAAGCAGAGGGGUACUCGAGACCUAACAAUGAUUCUCCAUUUGCCGAUGAGGAAGACGCCACGGUGUCUUCUCGCCUCCACCUUCUACGGAACUACAAGAUGUUCAAAUCGCAUAUGAGCGUAGAGUCUUCCCCCUUGUGUUCUUAUUUGAAUACCAUUGGUCGGUUAGAAACGAAAGCGCGCAACGUGGGGAAAGAUACCCUGAGCAGAGUGGGAGGAACAUUCCAGAGGAGGAAUCCCCCCUCAGGCAAAACUGGUAGAGAGAUGACCAACCCGGAGAACGACGUCGAGGGGGGUGAGCCUGCCCGAGGAGCGAUACCCACAACAUGCUCAAUAGACGAAAAGGAAGCAAAGGAAGCAAAUGAAGCAAAUGAAGAAAACGGCUUCUCCAAGAUUGCCCUGGCGCACAACAGAGUGCUAGCCAGACAUAAACGGAACACCAAAAAAAAAGUGAAAAAAAUAUUUUACAAAAAUAGGAAAAUGUGUGUAACUAUCCAAAUGAGUAAACAUAAAAGGAAAACAUUCUGGAGAGAGUUAACAAACAGCGAAAAUAAAACACUCAUAAAGAAUUUACGUCAAAAUGAAAAUUUGGUGUAUAAUAAAAAGAACAGAAAGCGCCUUUUUGAGUUUUUCCGGGACUUUGUCAUUUCUUCUUACUUUGUGAGGAACACCAACUGGGGGGAAGAAAGAGGGCGGCCCUUCAGCCGUCAUGUGGAUGAGCACAUUUUGCAGCUCGCGCUAGUUGGCGGUUUUUACAGGGGGGUGGUUAGCGGCUUCUACAGGGGGGUAGUUAGCGGCUUUAAUAGGGGCCCUACGAACGGGCGUGCUACUAAGGGGGAGCCACUUCCCCCAUUUACACGUCCACACAAACGUGAAGCACCAAAAAAAAGGAGAAAGCAAAACGGCGAUGCAAACAAUGAGGUAGUGAGGGAAAGCGCAACGAAACCGUCCUACCUCUUAGCCACCCCAGGAAGUAACGUUACUGUAGGCACUGGCAACAUUUUAUUUCCAGGUUGCCACAUCAGCUCACAGAAGGGGAAGAUCUACAUCGGCCACAACAACUUAUUUGAGGAUAACAUAACCAUCAUCAAUUAUGCAAAUGCCGAUAUGUACAUUGGUAGUUAUAACAUAUUUCGAUCCGGGACGUUCAUAGCAAAUGUCCCCACCAUAGGGGAUCAUAAUUACUUUGACUAUAAGUGUAAGUGGGCCUUGCGAGUGUAUAUGAGGUGA